AUGCAGCCGAACAACAGUGUAACUGAAUUCAUACUGUUAGGAUUGACACAAGAUCCUAAGAGACAGAAAAUGGUAAUCGCUGUCAUCUUCAUUUUCUACCUGGGAACUGCGGUCGGGAAUUUGCUGAUUAUUGUGACCAUCAGGUGCAGCCGGACACUCAAGAGUCCCAUGUACUUCUUCUUAUUCUAUUUAUCACUUGCUGAUUGCUGCUUUUCAACAACUACAGCCCCACGACUCAUUGUGGAUGCUCUAUCUUAUAAAAAGACCAUAUCUUACAAUGAGUGCAUGACUCAAGUCUUUGCUUUACAUUUAUUCGGUGCCCUCGAGAUCUUUGUUCUCAUCCUCAUGGCUGUUGAUCGCUAUGUGGCCAUCUGUAAACCCUUGCGUUACCCAACCAUCAUGCGGCAACAAGUCUGCAUCAUCCUGAUUAUUUUCGCCUGGAUAGGGUCUUUUAUGCAUUCUAUAACUCAGAUCAUUAUGACCUUGAGAUUGCCAUUCUGUGGACCCAAUUUGAUUGAUCACUAUUGCUGUGAUCUUCAGCCCUUGCUGAAACUUGCAUGCAUGGACACUUAUGUGUUCAAUCUGAUGUUCGUAUCUAACAGCGGGGUUCUUUGUACAUUCAGUUUUGUGAUUCUGAUGAUAUCAUAUGUCUUUAUCUUGCAUUCAUUGAGGAACCACAGUGCAGAAGGCAGGAAGAAAGCUCUCUCCACUUGCACAUCACACAUCAUUGUAGUAAUAUUAUUCUUUGGUCCUUGUAUAUUCAUAUAUACACGUCCUCCAACUACUUUCCCCAUAGACAAGAUGGUGGCAGUCUUUUACACCAUUGGAACACCUUUUCUCAAUCCACUCAUCUACACUCUGAGGAAUGCAGAAGUGAAAAAUGCCAUGAGAAAGUUAUGGCAUAUCAAAAUUAUAUCAGAAAUACAAAAAUGA